AUGUCCGGCCCCUACGAUUCCUACGGCGGCGGUGGCGGCGGCUACGGCGGGUACCAGCAGCAAGGCGGCUACCCACCCCAGCAAGGCUACAACCAGGGCUACCCGCCCCAGCAGGGCUACGACCAACAGUACGGCCAGCAACAGCAGGGCUACGGUCAACAGUACGGUCAACAGUACGGCCAGCAAUACGAUCAGAACCAGAGCUUUGGCCCUCCUAGACGUCAAGACAGCUACGGCCCUCCCCAACACGGAGGCUUCCAGCACGGUCAGCAAGGCGGCCAACCUGGCUCUUACUACAAUUCCAACACGCAAGGUAGCAAUGACGCAUACGCUGCCAACCAGGCCUGGAUGGACAAUAACCAGGGCGCUCAGCAGGGUCAACAGGGCCAGCAGCCAUAUCCUCAGACCGCCAGGCAGUCUUCGGACCCUAAUGCGCCGAACUAUGACCCCAGUGCUCCUCCCAUGACCGAGUCUGACCGUGGCCUGCUCGGCGCCAUGGCUGGAGGCGCUGCCGGAGCGUUUGGAGGCCACAAAGUCGGACAUGGCUUCUUGGGAACGAUCGGUGGUGCCAUCAUGGGCUCUCUCGCAGAGGACUUCGCCAAGAAGAAGAAGCACGGUGGCAGCGGAUCAAACUGGGGUGGCUCCAGCUGGGGUGGCCGAUAA